GCGACCAUAGUGUUUUGUUACCAGGCAGAUUGUCUUUGGUCAGCGCGCUCCCGCUGAGACACACCCCCUUCUCUCCACUUUCCAGGGCCGCUCCCACGCGCGUCCCCGCAGCGAACCGGUCCUGUGGGGACGAAGAAGGAGGAAAAGAGGUACGGUGACAUGCAAGGGUGUGCAUACAGCUAGGCCGACCCACAGGCAGCUUGUGUGCACCAAGCGAGUCCUGGGGAGGCUCAUGAGGACCGGUCGGGAAGAGGCUGAUUCCAGGAGGACUAAAUCUACGAAGGGGAAGCAGCUUGGAUGUUUGCACUGUAUAUAGAGGGGCGAGGUCCCUGCAGAUUGUCAAGGAUUGAGCCGGGGGGAGAGCGACCAUUGGUUCCUUGGUGACAGGUGCACUGGGACCCCAACAAGCUGCGGGGCUCACUCAGUGCUGAAUAUUCAACUACUGACACAUCUAUCCACGAAUGUAAGAAGAAUUGCACAUAUAUCCUUACACUGGGACUAUUUUAUAGUUGUGUUAGUGAGCUGAAGGCAUAUAGUGGCAGACUUAUUAUUGCAGUGUGUCCCAUCACUGGCAGGCCCCCCAUUGCACUUAAGGAUAAGCCUCCUCCUGCAGCACUCACUGGCCGAGAAGGAAAGGCUGGGGGGCAUCGUUUCUUGACCCAGAAACCAAAAAAGGUCUCAAUUGGGCUUGUAGGGACCAUGGUGAGAUCUCAAGCUUUCUUUGCAUGUAAUUCACUGCUGGUGUAUCAUUAGAGUAUAUGACUUGCACAAUAAGGCUCACAGGAGUGCAAAGGACAUGGCGGAGCGGGCAAGUUGUGCACUACUGGAGUCACUGCCUGCAGAGGUCAGGGAAAGUUUGGCAGAACUGGAGUUGGAGCUCUCUGAAGGUGACAUCACUCAGAAAGGCUAUGAGAAGAAGAGAGCUAAACUACUAGCUCGCUACAUCCCUCUCAUUCAAGGUAUAGUCCAUGGCUGGGUAGAUCCUUCACUGCAAGCAGAGAACAAGCUUGCAGGCUCCUCUCAAAUUUUAAUAACUGCAAACAAGCAGCAGAGGUCCCGUUCCACCAGCUCAAGGGAUGAACGCUUCCGAUCGGAUGUUCACACAGAAGCUGUACAAGCUGCUCUGGCCAAAUAUAAGGAGAGAAAAAUGCCCAUGCCUUCCAAGAGACGUUCUGCCCUUGUCCAGCCCUCUGUAGACACCUACACCCCACCUGACACGUCUUCUGCCUCGGAGGAUGAGGGUUCAUUGUUCCGCCAGGGGCACAUCACAUCCACACCGCUCCAGGGUCAUUCCAGCGUGGAGCCCUGGAUUAGCAGAAUAACCCAGGGCUCCUCCACCUCAUCAUCUGCAUCCUCCACCUCAUCCCACCCAGGAGCCAAGCCUACUGCCUCCAAUAGCUGUCCAGUCAUCGCAGCUGCUACAAUGCUGGCAGACGUCAUGGCACAUGCCCAGAUGGAGAGUAUUUCUGCUCCACCAGAUGUAACAACAGGCCUGGUGGGACACUCUCACCAUGAACGCCCACAGAUGGCCUCAGUCCGAGGUGUUCCACGGGGGUUCAACAGCAGCAUCCUAGAAACAGCUAAUGGGGUUCCAGUAAACAGCAGAGUUUCUUCCAAAAUACAGCAACUCCUCAAUACAUUAAAAAGGCCAAAGCGCCCACCUCUUAGAGAGUUCUUUUUGGAUGAUUUUGAGGAGCUCCUUGAAGUCCAGCAACCAGAUCCAAACCAGCCUAAAUCAGAGGGUGCAGAGAUAGCUUUGCUCAAGGGGGAACCACUAGGGGUGGUGUCUAACUGGCCACCUUCAUUGCUGACUGCUCUGAAUCGAUGGGGAACCACACAACCAAAAGCUCCCUGUCUAACCUCCUUGGACACAACUGGGAAAACUCUCUACACACUCACUUAUGGCAAGCUGUGGAGUCGUAGUGUUAAACUGGCCUACACCCUCCUCAACAAGCUGACCAACAAGAAUGAGCCGCUGCUGAAACCAGGGGACAGGGUUGCGCUCGUUUUUCCCAACAGCGAUCCUGUUAUGUUCAUGGUUGCAUUUUAUGGCUGCCUUUUGUCAGAGCUGAUUCCUGUGCCCAUCGAAGUACCACUUACCAGGAAGGAUGCUGGCAGUCAGCAGAUUGGAUUUCUUCUGGGGUGCUGCAGCGUGUCCCUAGCUCUCACAACAGAUGCCUGUCAGAAAGGACUUCCCAAAGCCCAGAGUGGUGAUGUGGUAACAUUUAAAGGUUGGCCUCGCUUGGCAUGGUUUGUUAUUGAUGGCAAACACUUAAUGAAGCCUCCCAAAGACUGGCACCCUCAUAUCAGAGAUGCCAGCAAAGAUGGGGCUUACAUAGAGUAUAAGACCAGCAAAGAGGGCAGUACUAUGGGUGUCAUAGUGUCUCAGGCUGCAAUGUUGGCACACUGCCAUACUCUGACACAGGCAUGCGGCUACUCUGAAGCGGAAACAUUGAUCAAUGUUCUGGACUUCAAGCGGGAUGCUGGACUUUGGCAUGGUGUGCUGACAAGUGUUAUGAACCGGAUGCAUGUGAUCAGCAUUCCGUAUGCUCUGAUGAAAGUCAAUCCUCUAUCCUGGAUCCAGAAAGUUGGUGCCUAUAAAGCACGUGUGGCCCUUGUCAAAUCGCGUGACAUGCACUGGUCCCUCCUGGCACAGCGAGACCAGCGGGAUUUGAGCCUUAGUUCCCUGAGAAUGCUGAUUGUAGCAGAUGGAGCAAAUCCAUGGUCAAUAUCUUCCUGUGAUGCCUUUCUCAACGUCUUCCAGUCUCGAGGCUUACGUCCUGAAGUAAUUUCACCCUGUGCCAGCUCUGCUGAAGCGCUAACAUUGUCAAUGCAUAGACCACCAGAUUUAGGCGGAGUGCCACCCGGAAAGGCUGUUUUAUCCAUGAAUGCACUAAGCUACAGUGUUAUACGUGCAGACACUGAAGAGAAGCUGUCUGUGCUGACUGUGCAGGAUGUGGGCCAGGUCAUGCCUGGAGCUUGCAUGUGUGUAGUAAAAACUGAGGGGGCACCAUACCUAUGCAAGACGGAUGAGGUUGGUGAGCUCUGUGUGUCCUCUUGCUCCACUGGCACAGCAUAUUUUGGUCUCCAAGGGAUCACCAAGAAUGUAUUUGAGACUGUUCCACUGACUGCAAGUGGGGAGGCUUUGUGUAACCAAACCUUUACCAGAACUGGGCUACUUGGCUUCAUAGGGCCAGAGCGGCUGGUGUUUGUGGUGGGGAAGGUGGACGGACAAAUGAUUGUAAGCGGGCGAAGACACAGCUGUGAUGAUGUAGUUGCGACAGCCUUGGCUGUGGAACCAAUGAAAUUUGUUUACAGAGGAAGGAUAGCUGUGUUCUCAGUAAAUGUUCUGCACGAUGAGAGGAUAGUACUGGUUGCAGAACAACGCCCUGAUUCCUCUGAGGAGGACAGCUUUCAAUGGAUGAGCAGAGUACUUCAGGCCAUUGACAGCAUUCACCAGGUUGGUGUGUACUGUCUGGCCUUGGUUCCUGCCAACACUCUGCCCAAAGCACCACUUGGUGGAAUUCACAUCUCAGAAACCAAGCAGCACUUUCUGGAGGGCUCCCUGCAUCCAUGUAAUGUUCUUAUGUGCCCACAUACUUGUGUUACCAACCUACCUAAGCCACGCCAAAAACAGCCAGAUGUGGGUCCUGCAUCUAUGAUUGUGGGGAAUCUGGUGGCAGGGAAGCGCAUUGCACAAGCUUGUGGGAGGGAUGUGUCUCAGCUUGAAGAUAAUGAUCAAGCAAAAAAGUUUUUGUACUUGGCCGAUGUAUUGCAGUGGAGGGCCCAAACUACCCCCGAUCAUAUCCUUCUUUUACUUCUGAACUCUAAGGGUGCAGUGUCCAGUUCUGCCACUUGUUUGCAGUUGCACAAAAAGGCAGAACGCAUUGCUGCUGGGUUGGUUGAGAAAGCUCACCUCAGUGUUGGUGAUCAUGUGGCCCUGGUGUAUCCUCCAGGAAUUGACCUAAUUGCCACAUUUUUUGGCUGCCUUUAUGCUGGCUGCAUCCCAAUCACUGUACGGCCUCCUCACCCACAAAACCUUGCUACCACACUGCCCACUGUUAAAAUGAUUGUAGAGGUGAGCAAAUCAUCUUGUAUCCUUACAACACAAGCAAUAAUGCGACUUCUUAAGUCUAAGGAGGCUGCUGCAGCUGUGGACGUUAAAACAUGGCCAACUAUUUUGGACACAGAGUAUUUCUUGAUCAGAGCACCAUACAAUGAAACGUUUCCAUAUUCUAUGAUAAGCCUUGGAAACCUCAACAAAAACCCAUCUGAUCAUAAUAAAGAACUCAAGUACCAUGCCAUCAAAUUGAACAUCCCGGAAAUUGUACUGAAGAAUGGGACCCUGAUGAAGGAGGUCUACUCAGAGGACAUGCCAAAGAAAAAAGUAUUGCGUGCUUUUAGGCCAGCCUCACCCGAAACUCUGGCAUAUCUGGAUUUCAGUGUGUCUACUACGGGAUUAUUAGCAGGAGUAAAGAUGUCCCAUUCAGCAUGCAGUGCCUUAUGCCGCUCCAUUAAGCUACAGUGUGAACUGUAUCCUUCUCGUCAGAUAGCGAUCUGUCUGGAUCCAUACUGUGGUUUAGGCUUUGCUCUCUGGUGCCUGUGCAGUGUAUAUUCCGGACACCAGUCUAUUCUGGUGCCUCCAUUGGAGUUGGAGACCAAUGCCUCCCUAUGGCUUUGCGCUGUUAGCCAAUACAAAGUACGUGUCACUUUCUGCUCUUACUCUGUUAUGGAAAUGUGCACCCGAGGCCUAGGAACACAGACUGGUACCUUGAGGUCACGAGGUGUGAACCUUUCCUGUGUACGCACAUGCAUGGUAGUAGCAGAGGAGCGCCCACGUAUUUCUCUUACUCAGUCCUUCUCGAAAUUGUUCAAGGACCUGGGGCUUUCCACCAGGGCUGUCAGCACCACAUUUGGCUGCAGAGUCAACGUGGCCAUUUGUUUACAGCCCAACAGACUGGGCAAGCUUGCUGACCAGGGUACUGCUGGUCCUGACCCAACCACUGUGUAUGUAGAUAUGCGAGCCCUUCGGCAUGAUAGGGUGCGCUUAGUUGAGAGGGGGUCUCCACACAGUCUUCCACUGAUGGAAUCUGGGAAGAUUCUCCCUGGUGUUAAAGUUAUCAUUGCACACACAGAGACCAAAGGACCACUUGGGGACUCUCACUUGGGAGAGAUCUGGAUAAGCAGCCCACACAAUGCUAAUGGUUAUUACACUGUGUACGGAGAGGAGGCUCUGCAUGCUGAUCACUUUAAUGCACGACUGAGCUUUGGUGAUACUCAGACUGUGUGGGCACGUACAGGAUACCUUGGGUUUCUUCGGAGAACAGAGCUAACUGAUGCAAGUGGAGAGAGACACGAUGCUCUGUAUGUGGUUGGUUCCUUGGAUGAGACUUUGGAGUUACGUGGCAUGAGAUAUCACCCAAUCGACAUAGAAACAUCUGUCAUUCGAGCGCACAAAAACAUUGCAGAGUGUGCUGUCUUCACAUGGACAAAUCUGCUGGUAGUUGUAUUGGAACUUGAUGGACCAGAACAAGAAGCACUAGAUCUGGUGGCAUUGGUGACCAAUGUAGUUUUGGAGGAGCAUUACCUUAUUGUGGGAGUUGUGGUGAUUGUGGAUCCUGGUGUUAUCCCAAUUAAUUCUCGUGGAGAGAAGCAGCGUAUGCAUUUACGAGAUGGGUUUCUGGCUGAUCAGCUGGAUCCUAUUUAUGUUGCCUACAACAUGUGAGUUGAUUUAGUUUGCUUCAUGCCUUAACCACUGACACACUAGGCGAUGAAGCUACAGAAGGAUUCUAAUGACUGCUUCUACUCAGCAAGGUGCUAGCAUGCUGCUGUCGUUCUUCAGAGACAAUGUGCAGCAGCUGAGUUGUAUUCUCAUUACAUAGGAUGACUGCUGCUAGGCACAAUGAAGGAGGACCCUUUUGUUCUUGCCAAUAAUCCUCUAUGUCAGAAUGUAUCAAUCGGACAUUUACUUUUUGUUUUUUUUUACUGUGACACUGGAUGUAGUUUCCCCCACACCAGCUGCUGCUGUUUUUGUGCAGUUGUUCUGCAUCUUGUGUCCUACAGAUCCCAAUUUCAUGCAAUAAUGUGAAUCUCUGGAACUGCUGCACCUAAAUACCUUGGAUUUUUUUUUUUAUUAUAUAUAAUAGAGGUGUAUCUCCUCUGAACUAAGUUGUUGGACUUAAGCAUCUCCAAAGCGCGUGCACCAGCUGAGAGCAAGCACCCUUUUAUUGAACGGAAUGUAAUUAUGUACAGAAGCUGUGUAAUUUAUUUAGUACAUCAUGCUCGAACUUUCCCAUUGGUUCUGAGAAAAAAAAGCAGGGCCACAUCAAUUUUAAAAACAUUUUUUUUUAUAUCAAAAAGAGAAAUGAAAAAAAAAACGCAUUUAGCACCCUGGAGCCCAACAGUUACCUGGGAAAUUACAAAAAGAUAAAAAGCACAUUAAAUAUUUUAAAAUUU